AUGCAAAGAAUUACUAUGCAGAAAUUCCUCGGCAGCAACACGGAAGUUGUUAGUCAAUAUUUGGAUGAAUUCAACAACUAUCUAAUAAUUCAACACGUGACCGACAAGCAACAACAGGCAGCUUGUCUAGCUCACCUUUUGGAAGCCGUUAAACAACAAACAACGGACACAAUCGACAAUUUGAUUUACAAAAUAAAUCAAAGUUCCUUGGCUGCACUGAAAGAACUUCCAGAAAAGCAGCUGGUAGACAUAACAAUACAAGGUAUGCUACCAGAAACUCGAAUCACUGUUUUAAGUAAAGCUCCGGAAGAUUUAACAACCCUGAAAGAGGUUUUACUCCUAUCAAAGAAGAUAUCAGCAAUACCUAAAACAACUACAGCUGGAACUGCAUUAGAUGCCAAAACCAUAUCUGAUAUUGCAUCAAAAGCUGCAGAACAAGCUACAGCUUUAGCAUUGAAAAGUGCAGAAAUAAAUAUGUUGGACAAAGCAACUAGACCUACUGAAUACAGACCUACUGACUACAGAUCUUCAGACUACAGACCUACACAUUACAGAACAAGAAACAACUAG